AUGUCAACUAGUGAAGAAGGAGGAAAAAAGAAAAGUGGACUAUCUAUUAAUAUGGCAACAGCAAAACGAGAAGAAUUAAUAGAUUUCAUUCAUGCAUGUUCAGAACGUAUUCAAGCAUCAAAAAAAAAGAUUGUAGAAUUACAAGUUGAAAAUAAAACACAAACAGAAGAACGAGAACUUGCUGAAUUUAGAGCAAAUGACUUAGAAAGAAAAAUUGAAGCAAUUAGAAAAGUUCAUAGUGAACAAAUCGAAGAAUUAACAAAUAAAUUAGAUGAAAUUAAAGAAAAGUUGGAACAAGAAAAUCCUGACAUUAAUGGAAUUAUUGAUAUGCUUAAUGGUGCAAUGGAUAAUGUUGAAGAUGAUGUUGAAGAAAAAGAAGAUGUAGUAGUUAAAAACAUGAGAAGUGAAGAAACAAAAAGACUCAUUGAAGCAAACGAUAUGAAAUGGAAAACAGAAAUGCUUGAUUUCAAAGAGUCACUUCAAAUUGAACAAAAAAAAGAAAUUGAAAAAUUAAAGAAUCAAUUUGAAGAAGAGAAGAAAGAAUUGGAAAGUAAAUUACAACGCGAAGAAAAAGAAAGAGAAAAACUAAGUUUUGAUCUAAAAAAUACCAACCAAUUGUUUAGUGAAUAUAAAACAAGAACAAACAAAACAUUUGAAAGUGGAAAAGAAUUUAGAAAACAACAUGAAAAUUGUGACGCUGAAAUAUUUAAAUUAAAAGCAGAAAUUGAAAAAUUAAAAUAUGAAAAUUCAAGACUUAAAGAUGAUCUUGAACAAGCUCAAAAAUAA